UCCCACCUCCCAACGUGUUGAUGCAGACCUACUUUGCUCCGUGGCACUCGGGUGCAGACCACCUUCCACCUUCCUCUGUGCAACAUGUCCUGGACUCUGCUCGUCCUGGCUGCCCUCCUCGGCGUUUCUAGUCUUGCUGACGGCGCAGCAGUGCAGGAUGACUCCAAGUCAGCUGAUGCCAAAGAGGGCGCUCGCACGGUCUUCAUGCCUGAGGUCGACGCCGACAACUUUUUCAAACGCCGCACUCGCCGCUCCGUGAGAUACUACGAACAGCUGGCGGAGCAGAAGGUCCAGCGGGCCAACAGCGAGCGCUGGAGGGAAUACAACGAGGAUCGACACAAGAAGUACGAGAACUACGCCGAAGAAGACCGCGACGAGCAAAGUGAAAGAAGGAGGGAGACAAAUGAGCAGUUUCGGGAGUAUCACUACGAUGGCCUCUAUCCCCGAUAUCACUGGUUCCACUAGUGAGGUUCCACUGCACCAUUUUGCAACUACACUUACAUCUUCAUAGAGCUACAAAUGUUUGGGGACACCUGUAUCGUGCAGUGUAUGUUGUUUGGGGACACCUGUAUCGUGCAGCGUAUGUUGUUUGGGGACACCUGUAUCGUGCAGUGUAUGUUGUUUGGGGACACCUGUAUCGUGCAGUGUAUGUUGUUUGGGGACACCUGUAUCGUGCAGCAUAUGUUGUUUGGGGACACCUGUAUCGUGCAGCGUAUAUUGUUUGGGGACACAUGUAUGGUGCAGCGUAUAUUGUUUGGGGACACCUGUAUCGUGCAGUGUAUAUUGUUUGGGGACACCUGUAUGGUGCAGCGUAUAUUGUUUGGGGACACCUGUAUGGUGCAGCGUAUAUUGUUUGGGGACACCUGUAUCGUGCAGUGUAUAUUGUUUGGGGACACCUGUAUGGUGCAGCGUAUAUUGUUUGGGGACACCUGUAUGGUGCAGCGUAUAUUGUUUGGGGACACCUGUAUCGUGCAGUGUAUAUUGUUUGGGGACACCUGUAUGGUGCAGUGUAUAUUGUUUGGGGACACCUGUAUCGUGUAGCGUAUGUUGUUUGGGGACACCUGUAUGGUGCAGCGUAUAUUGUUUGGGGACACCUGUAUCGUGCAGUGUAUAUUGUUUGGGGACACCUGUAUCGUGCAGUGUAUAUUGUUUGGGGACACCUGUAUGGUGCAGCGUAUAUUGUUUGGGGACACCUGUAUGGUGCAGCGUAUAUUGUUUGGGGACACCUGUAUGGUGCAGCGUAUAUUGUUUGGGGACACCUGUAUCGUGCAGUGUAUAUUGUUUGGGGACACCUGUAUCGUGCAGUGUAUAUUGUUUGGGGACACCUGUAUGGUGCAGCGUAUAUUGUUUGGGGACACCUGUAUGGUGCAGCGUAUAUUGUUUGGGGACACCUGUAUCGUGCAGUGUAUAUUGUUUGGGGACACCUGUAUGGUGCAGUGUAUAUUGUUUGGGGACACCUGUAUGGUGCAGCGUAUAUUGUUUGGGGACACCUGUAUCGUGUAGCGUAUGUUGUUUGGGGACACCUGUAUGGUGCAGCGUAUAUUGUUUGGGGACACCUGUAUGGUGCAGCAUAUGUUGUUUGGGGACACCUGUAUGGUGCAGCGUAUAUUGUUUGGGGACACCUGUAUGGUGCAGCGUAUAUUGUUUGGGGACACCUGUAUCGUGCAGUGUAUAUUGUUUGGGGACACCUGUAUGGUGCAGUGUAUAUUGUUUGGGGACACCUGUAUGGUGCAGCGUAUAUUGUUUGGGGACACCUGUAUCGUGUAGCGUAUGUUGUUUGGGGACACCUGUAUGGUGCAGCGUAUAUUGUUUGGGGACACCUGUAUGGUGCAGCAUAUGUUGUUUGGGGACACCUGUAUCGUGCAGUGUAUGUUACUGAAGUCAAUUGUAAAUAAAGGAAAACCUUUUGCUUCAA